AUGUCGCAAAACAGCGUAUACUCGUCGGGCCAGUUCAUGAACCCAGGCCCUGCGCCGCGGCCCCCCACCGACAGACCCAGGCUCAACAUCAUGCCAAACACGAAUAGCAUGCCCGGCAGCAUGUCCAGCAGCAGCAGCAUAUCCAGCAGCAUGGCCAGCAGCAUGUCAAGUAUGGCUAUCUCGCCAAUUCCCGGUACCGCCACCUCGACAUAUUCCGGUUCCACCAUCUCCCUACCCAUUGCUCGCCAGCAGACCAACCCCGCCGACGGCAUGGGUGGCGUCGCUAUCAAGAAGGAGGGCUGGGCCCAGGUCAGAGAAAACCGGAACUUUAUUCAACCUUGGAAGAACAAGUACCUCAUUCUUCGCAAAGAGUCUCUCGACUUCUACAAGACAGAGGGUGGCAAGGGCGGCAAGGUCAUCUACACAAUCUACCUCAAGGACGUCCUCAACGUUGGCCGAGUCGAGACCACCGGCAUCAUCUUUGAAAUCAAGCGCCGCCUCGAUUGCGCCUCCAGCAACCCCGGCGAUGACGACGGUCAGACAAGAACCCUUCGCAUCAAAGUCGGCACCGACGAUGAGCUGUACGAGUGGAUUGAUUUGAUUUACGGCGCCUCCCCCAAUAUGGGCGGUGUCAGCAAUCCCACCAACUUCUCUCACGCCAUCCACGUAGGCUUCGAUUCCCAAACAGGCCAAUUCACCGGCCUGCCUCCCGAGUGGUCCAAGCUGCUCAACUCCUCUGCCAUCACCAAAGAAGACUACUACCGUAAUCCUCAGGCGGUUUUCGAAGUUCUCGAUUUUUACACUGACCUAGCAAAGCGUGCCGAGAACCCUAACCAAUACCCCUCUCUUACACCCACCCCCCCUGCCGCCGCACAAGCUCAGAAACAGCUCGGCUACAGUGGUGCUGGCAUCGCACCUCCGCGCCCAGCCCCUCCAACCCCUCAGGUCUCUCCCUACGGCGCGACCUCCGCGCCAUCCAAUGCCAAUGGCAUUCGUCAAGCCGAACAGCAGCAGCAACUCCAGCAGCAGCAGCAGCAGCGCCAGCAACUGGAAAAUGCCAGAAAGGAAGAGCUACGUCAGAAGCAGCUCGAGCAGGAACGACGUGAGCUAGCAGAGUAUAACGCUUCUCUGCCUCAACACAAGACCCCCCUGGCUCGACAAGAAGUUGGCGGUGGCUCUUCCACCGAUUCGCCCUCCCGCGACCAAUCCGAUCGAUUCAACCCCACCAGAGCCGCUCCGCUUGCUCCCAAAGGCCCUCAAAACCCUCAGCAACUACGCGCGCAGCGCCCUGCACCUGCUCCUCCCUCCAACGGCGGCUCCUCGCGACCUCCUGUCAACCCACAGUCCAGCGUCAGUCCCAAUGGUCAACGUCCUCGUGAAAAUGGCCCCUCCAUCCAGAGUCCCCGCUAUCCGCCUGGCAGCCAGCAGGGCCAGCAGCGACCUCCCCAAGGCCCAGGCGCAUCCCGCUUGCCUGCGCCUGUCAAGCCUCUAAACGUGGCUCCCAAGCCUUCUCAGAAUGCUCCUAGCGACUCGGUCAAGGCCGCCGAAGCUGCACUGUCCAAGCCUGCCGAGAAGAAGCAGGAUGUACGCAUGUCAACCAUGUCUGAGAACGAAGUCAUGGCCAAGCUGAAAGAGGCCGUCUCCAAGGAUGACCCCAACCUAUCAUACUCGAAGCAGAAAAAGAUUGGCCAGGGCGCUUCCGGCUCCGUUUACGUGGCCAAGAUCAAGGACACUGCUGUAGGCAUCGCCCGCGACGUCCUGCGUCAACAGGGUCCCAGAGCCCAGGUUGCCAUCAAGCAAAUGGAUCUCGCCCACCAACCUCGCAAGGAGUUGAUUGUCAACGAAAUCAUGGUCAUGAAGGACAGCCGACACAAGAACAUUGUCAACUUUCUCGACGCAUUUUUGCGCAACAACAAUACCGAGCUAUGGGUUGUCAUGGAGUUCAUGGAGGGUGGUGCGCUAACCGAUGUCAUUGACAAUAACCCCUCUAUUUCCGAGGAGCAAAUCGCUACCAUCUGCCACGAGACGUGCCGUGGUCUCCAGCAUCUCCAUAGACAGCAUAUUAUCCACCGUGAUAUCAAGAGUGACAAUGUCCUCUUGGAUGCCCGCGGCAACGUCAAGAUCACCGAUUUCGGCUUCUGCGCAAAAUUGACGGAUGCCAGAGCGAAGCGCGCCACGAUGGUUGGCACACCCUACUGGAUGGCGCCCGAGGUGGUGAAGCAAAAGGAAUACGGACCCAAGGUGGAUAUUUGGUCUCUCGGUAUUAUGGCGAUUGAGAUGAUCGAAUCUGAGCCACCCUACCUGAACGAGGAGCCCCUCAAGGCCCUGUACCUUAUUGCGACCAAUGGUACACCACGCCUCAAGAAGCCGGAGAAGCUGAGCAAGGAGCUCAAGGCUUUCCUGUCUGUCUGUCUGUGCGUGGACGUCAAGAGCCGCGCGUCUGCGGACGAGUUGCUGGCUCACGAUUUUCUGAGGCACGGCUGCCCCCUCGGUACACUGGCGGAUUUAUUGGCAUUCAAGAAGCAAGGCAAAUAA